AUGGUGGCUUUACUUUCUUCAGUUCGCGUGUUUCAUAAGCCUACUGGCCUAUCUGUGAAGGUGCAACAGGAGAGGACCAACUCACUAAACAAGGAAAUCGCAAUAAGGAUGCUGACUAAGAUGGUCGAGGACUACUACAGGCAACGACUCAACGACAAAAUGAACGAAAUCAAGGGUGAGGACGUGGUUGGUACUUGGGGCACACACAUCCGGACCUACACUCUGAACCCUGAACAGCGCGUCAAGGACCACAGGACCAACGUCGAGAGCAGUCGAGCGGAGGAUGUGCUCGACGGGGACCUGCUGCACUUCGUCCUCUCCUACCUCGGCUCGCGCUGA